GAUAGUUUUUGGUUGUUUUGUUAAUUUAUUAGGGAUAUUUUAAAAGUCUUCCAGCAGUCCAGUUACAGUGUUCUUUAAAAAUAAAGGUUUAUUGAUCUUCGAAAGGGUGUACUUUAUCAUUAUAUUAGUUGAAAAACGGCAAUAUUAUCGCUUAUCGCAAUAAUUCCUGGGGCAAUUAAUCGCCCAGAAAAAUUUGUUAUCGUGACAGGCCUUACGCUGGUAAGAGGCCACAAGGUCCUACAUCGUGACUGUCUGGCACCCUUCCAACCAGUACCAAAGAGAGCUCGGCUUGUGCUGAGCCAACACCUGGAUCGGACACAUCCCCUGUUGUGGUACCUGAGCACACAGGGCUACCGAGGCGCCAACGACGCCCUCCUCUGUACCUCCAGGCCUUUUGUGCUGGUUGCACGGGUUGCUGGGGUCAACUGCAUUCUACUAAAGUUUAAUCAAAGUCUUGGAUAUUGCCCGCCCCGCAGUCAUCCUGGGUCUACAGAGCCAGUCUCUUCUCUCGCUGUGUCCAAUGACUUCCCAUCCUCUCACACACAGGAGACAGAUGAAAAGGGCUCCCUGGAAUAACUCGAGCAGUCUUCAAUCCUUCUUCGAGGCAGACCGACACCAGCGGAGAUGAGAGUGUAGGAGGUGGUGGUUAGAGGACGUGAUGAGACGUUGCACCUCUUCUGUCAGAGAAACACGUUCCCUGCCCAUCAAAGAGUUGUGUGACAGCCCACUGGUGUCCAACCUUGCGCCGGCGUCCUUCAGAAGCUCCUCCCACUUGUCCAACAGCCACAGUGCAGGCUUUGCGAAGCUCAACAGGAGGGAAGGUGCUGGAGGCUGGUCCCCUCUGAACUCUGACCGGUAUCAGUGGUUGGAGGUUGACCUCGGUGGGCGAACCCGCAUCACAGCGGUGGCCACACAGGGCCGCUACGGCAGCUCUGAUUGGCUGACAUCCUACCUGCUGAUGUUCAGUGACACCGGGAACAACUGGAAGCAGUACAGACAGGAAGACAGUAUUGGGUCGUUCCCAGGUAACACCAACGCUGACAGCGUGGUGCAGCACGCUCUGCAGCAGCCCGUCCUGGCUCGCUACCUGCGCCUGGUCCCGCUGGAGUGGAACCCCAGCGGGCGCAUCGGGCUCCGGCUGGAGACGUACGGAUGUCCAUACGGGUCCGACGUGGUGGGCUUCGACGGCGCCAGCGGCCUCUCGUACCGCCCGGCCCCCGGGCUGACGCCGAGGGCCCAGGACUGCGUCUCCCUGAAGUUCAAGACCCUGCGGAGCUCCGGGACGCUGCUGCAGGCCCUUGGCGCCGACCACAGCCUGACGCUGGAGCUGCAGCGGGGCCAGCUGCGGCUGCUGCUCCGCCGAGGCAGGAGGGGGUCCCUGCCGUCCUCUGAGGCCCAGCGGCAGGCGUCCCUGGGAAGCCUCCUGGACGACCAGCACUGGCACCAUGUCACGCUGGAGCGGCGCCACGGCCACAUCAACCUCACGGUGGACAAGAGCGCGCUGCAGCUCCACGACCCCGCGCCGCUCAGCCGCUGGGAGUUUGAGCAGCUGAGUGUAGGAACGGCCCCGGAGAGGAGCGUCCACAAAGGGCUGUCCGACGGACACUUCCUGGGCUGCCUGGAGAACCUGCUCUACAACGACCUCAACCUGGUGGAGCUGCUCAAACACAACAGCCCCCAAGUCACUGUCCUGGGGAACGUGACGUUCUCCUGCCCGGAUCCAGCCGUGGUCGCCGUGACGUUCUCCAGCCCCCAGAGUUUCCUCCAGUUGCCGGGGGCGACGGCCUCGUGGCCCGGGGCCCUGUCGGCGGGGCUCCAGUUCAGGACGUGGAACCGGGCGGGGCUCCUGCUGACCUUCGAGAUCCCUCAGAGAGGGGGCGUGGUCUGGCUGUACCUGAGCGAGGCCAGGCUCCACCUCCAGGUCCACAAGGCCGGCAGGACUCUGGUGGAACUGAGCACAGGCUCCGGUCUGAACGACGGGCAGUGGCAUUCUGUGCAGCUGGGUUCUGCACAGGGGCGUUUGACCAUCGCAGUGGACCAGGAGGAAGGAGAAACUGCCCAGGCUAGGCUCGCAUUUCCUGUCACUACAGGAAGUCACCUCUUCUUUGGCGGGUGUCCUGCCGAGGAGACCAAUCAGGAAUGCAGAAACCCCUUCAACGUAUUUCAGGGAUGCAUGCGGCUCCUGACUUUGGAAAAUCAGCUCAUCGACCUUAUUGUGGUGCAGCAAAGGCUCCUGGGAAACUACAGCCACCUAUAUAUUGACAUGUGUGGCAUCAUUGACAGGUGCUCUCCCAGUCACUGCGAGCACGGUGGCAGGUGCAGUCAAUCCUGGAGAAGCUUCCACUGUAACUGUUCCAAUACCGGCUACCGCGGCGCCACCUGCCACAGCCCCGUGUUCGAGGCGUCCUGCGAGGCCUACAAGCACAGAGGGAACUCCUCAGGCCUGUACCACGUCGACCUGGACGGCAGUGGACCAAUCAGAGCCCAGCUCGUCUACUGCAACAUGACAGAGGAGCAGACCUGGCUGGUGAUCCAGCACAACAACACAGAGAGGACCAGGGUUGCCGGCUCCUCCGGGAGGAGCCACCACUCCGCUUACUUCGACUACUCUGCCGAAGAGAAGCAGCUCAUGGCCAUCAUCAACCAAUCAGAACACUGCGAGCAGGAGCUGUCCUAUCACUGCAGGAAGUCCCGCCUCCUCAACACACCAGUGGGCUCUCCGUUCAGCUGGUGGGUGGGGGGGCCCGGUGCUGGCGGGGUCCAGUCCUACUGGGGCGGGGCUGUCCCGGGCAGCCGGCAGUGUUCCUGCGGGCUGGAGGAGAGCUGCGUGGACCCCAUGUACUACUGCAACUGUGACGCGGACCGCGGGGAGUGGGCUAGUGACUCCGGCCUGCUGACCCACAAGAAGAGCCUUCCGGUCCGGUCUUUGGUGCUGGGGGACCUGCACAGAGCCGGUUCGGAGGCAGCCUACCGGGUGGGCCCGCUGCGUUGUCAUGGCGACAAGAACUUCUGGAACGCUGCGUUCUUCGACAAGGAAACGUCGUACCUCCAUUUCCCGACGUUCCGGGCGGAGCUGAGUGCAGACAUCUCCUUCCUGUUUAAGACCACGGCCUCCUCGGGCGUGUUCCUGGAGAACCUGGGCAUUAAGGACUUCAUCCGCAUCGAGCUCAGCUCCUCCACUGAGGUGCUGUUCUCCUUCGACGUGGGCAACGGGCCCCUGGAGGUGCGGGUGAGGGCCCCCCGGCCGCUGGACGACGACCGGUGGCACCGCGUGCGGGCCGAGCGCAACGUGAAGGAGGCGUCGCUCAGCGUGGACGCGCUGCCCGUUGCUACGCGAGAGGCCCCCGACGAUGGGCACGUCCGCCUGCAGCUCAACAGCCUGCUCUUCAUAGGGGGCACGGCGUCCAGGCAGAAGGGCUUCCGGGGCUGCAUCCGGGCGCUGCGGCUGAACGAGGAGACCCAGGACCUGGAGGAGAGGGCCCGCAUCACCCCGGGGGUCCAGCCCGGCUGCCCCGGCCACUGCAGCAGCUACGGUUCGCUGUGCCGCAACCAGGGCCGCUGUGUGGAGAGGAGCCAGGGUUUCACCUGCGACUGCGGCCCGUCGGCCUACACCGGGGCCUUCUGUCAUCGAGAGGUGUCCGCCAUCUUCAAGUCUACGACGUCAGCCCGCUACUCCUUCAGGGAGCCGUAUGAGCAGAGCCGGAACGCCAGUGCCCUGUCCUCGUCCAUCUACAGCGAGGUCACACUGCGGGGAGAAGACAUCUCCCUGAGCUUCAGGACCAGGCAGAGCCCCGCCCUUCUUCUCUACGUCUCCUCCUACUACAAGGAGCAUCUGGCGCUGCUCAUCAACAAGCAUGAUAAGCUGGAGGUGCGGUACAAGCUGGACGGAGGCCGAGACGCCGAGGUGCUGAGGAGCAGAGUGAGGAACCUGGCCGACGGACAGCUGCACACCCUCGUCGUGCACAGACACGCGGACGCUGUGGCAGUGCAGGUUGACCAGAACCCCAGAGAAGACUUCAACCUGACAGCUGAUGGGGAAUUCAACACCAUCAAGGCUUUAGUCCUGGGCAGAGUCUCCGAGUCUGAUGAGCUGGAUCCUGAGCUGGCUCGCCUUGCCUCGCUGGGCUUCACCGGCUGUCUGUCGGUGGUUCAGUUCAACUCCAUCAGUCCGCUCAAAGCAGCUCUGCUCCACCCGGACACCAGCCCCGUGGCCAUCAGCGGCCCAUUGGUCCAGUCCCAGUGCGGCUCCUCGGCCCCGACCAAUGCCGACGCUGCAGAGAACACACACCACCUAUCAGACCAGUCCGGUUCUGUGAAUACAGGUCAACCUUUAGUCAAUUCCGUUCGGACUGACUCUGCCCUGAUUGGAGGCGUGAUCGCGGUGGUCGUCUUCCUGACGGCGUUGGGGCUGGCUGUUGUGGCCGUGUUCCUCUACAGGAGGAAGGAGACCUACGGCAACCCGGAGGUGAAGAGAACCAAAGCAGAGGACAGCCCAGAGUCCCCCUUCACCGACCAGCCCGACUCACACAACAUCCCCAGUGAAACCGCCAAGGAGUUCUUCAUCUAACUGGGAGUCCUUGAUCUCCCAGUGGUACAAAACUGUUGAGGAAUAAGACAAGGGUGCCCAGCCACGCCUUAGCUUUUUGUUGUUUUGUGGCGGUACAGAUCCAGAUGUUUAAACAAGAUGCCGUCCCUGGAGGUGAUCCCCUCUUCUUCGUUUUCAGUUGUUUACAUGUCAAAGGUGUACAUAUCGUUGCAAACUAUAGCGAAAGUGUUAGACUCAAAACAGGUGUUGAUGUUCCCGUUUCUGAAACUGUACAUAUUUAAAUUGUAAAUAUUUUAUUAAUGUCUUUAUAACAAGAUGUGUCUAAUUUCUCGCUGUUAUAAUGAAAUGUUGCAUAUGUAUAAUGGUAUUUUUAAGAAUGUGGCGUUCAAAAAAGAGGGGGUGUUGUUCUAGAGGGAGUCGGUGUUCAGAAAUGGAUUCAUACAUAAAAAUUUCCCAAAAGAAAGAAAGUCGGAGGCUGGUUUCAUUGUAAUCGAGGCUGUCCCUUCCACGAGCGGAAGCGAUCGAACGCUUCUUCACUCACCGAGUUUCCUUCUUUCAUUCUGGAACAUCUGUUGGUGAGUAAAUAUUUACCGCCAGCACUUAGGAGGAGUUUACUUCAAACGCUUUCUCUCGUGGCACUUUAUAAUACAAUUGCUUUAAAGUGUGUCUAACGCAGCUGCCAAACACCUGCGGGGAGCCCCAGUUGUCAAGCCCCCUGAAAGCGUUUGAACGGUAUUGCUUUUAACACUGAGACGCGACGGCUGGCUGCGGCUCCUUGCCCCCCUCCAGGGGUGCCGCCUCGACGUGACAUUAAAUGGCCUUUUGAAGUGUUAACAUCCAUAAUGGUUUGAUAGGCGGACCGCUUCCCGUGGAAGGCGGAUUAUGAGACGUUUUAGCCGCCGUGACUUCAAAGUGAGAAGAUAUUUCCCAAAUUUGCUGUCCUUAAAUCUCUUCAUCUGUGAACGGCGUUGCGGAGGGCCAGCAGCUGUUUAUCAAGCGGCAUACAUCACCGUAUCUCGGCUUGGAUCCAGAUGGGAAAGGAACGGAGGAAAAGUUAAUGAGGGGUAGAAGAAAAAAAAAAAAUCCGUACACCACAUAAAUCUUGUUGUUUGUUCUUGUGGCUAUUGCACGCCAUAAGUCAGCCGUUUGUUUUGUUGUUCACUUACUCGGCUGGAUUGAUUCUCCUCAACCGUGCAUGGGGAAAGAUGGAAAGGUUGCUUCCACAGCCCCAAACAUUCUUUAAAAGUCACCAGAGCUGGAGGUGUGCGAGAAGUUGUCGUCAAAAAACUCCGUCCAAACCCCCAGGUCACCAGAAACAGGAGCCACUGCUCUCCCACAACACAUGAGCUUUGAAAUGUGCUUUGAGGCAAAGUUGGCAGUUCACUGGAACAUUACAGUAGUUGCAGUGCAUUUUAUGGCAGCUCUCGCAUACAUGGCAGGGGUAAUUCUAAUCCUAUUUUAGGUAGGGGAGAAAGACAAUCCGAUAUUAUCACUUGAUAAUGUGCAACGCUUCGGGCUAUGGCUGCUGUUGGUAAAGGCUUUUCUAUAAAAAAAGAAAGUGCAGCAGUAUCAUCUUAUGUGUUUUAACUGGGAUGUAGAUCGGUGUUACGUUUCUGUCAACGCUACAUUUUGAAUUCAACACUCAAAAGAUAAUGUGUUGGCACUAACGAUGCUGGUGUGUUAAGUGUUGUAGAAUGACAUGCCAGAGGAAAAGAUAGGCUAGAACUGGUCUGGAUUCUAGCAUGUUUGGGUUAAUUGAGUUGUUUGGGUUACCUUUUAUUUUUGUUCAAAAUUAAAAUUGUAAAAAUGCAAA